AACAGAUGCAGAGAUUACAUUUAUCUUUUACCACAAUUUUUUGCAAAUUCCUUUGGAAAAAAAACCCCAAAAACAUAGAACACUACCUUUCCUCGCUCGACGCAGCGUUUCAAGUUUCCCUCCUCAGUUAUCUAUCCAAAUAUGGCACUUCAUCGGUGCCUCACGAUUUCCAGUUAGAAUUGGAAUCAGCACGGAAUUAGAAGACCUACACGUACAUUCAGCUCCACAAUUAAACCUCUUCCAAGUUUAAUUGAUAGAUACACACAUUGGAGGCUCUGGUGGAGUUGCAAACUUGACCGUUUAUUGCUUCGUGUUGUGUCCCAACUGUUAUCAACACGUUAUUGGAGGAUUGAUUCCGAGUGGUGUUUUAAAUUCUGAAGAAGGAAGUUACUUCUGACACCCAUAGAGUGUCCGAUGAAAUGGCCCAUAGGGAAACCUUUCGCACUGCUCCAGAAAAUGUCGCCAGUGAUGCUGCGAAAGUGUAUCUUCAGAAGCUAUGACUUCUUUCGUUAUAUUUGGAGGACGAAAAAUUUUCCCCCAUUCGUUUCAAGAAUCGAAUGAACAUGAAAGGAAGAUGGAGCAAAUUGGCUACAACUUUCAUCAAAGUAGUAAGGCACCAAAAAAAAAGGUGAUUACGCAUUUCUCCGUACAUGCCAGACACCUUCUGAAACAGGCUUCUAGAAGUUCAGGGGGAGACUUUUACAAAAUUCAGCUCCGAAAUUUUUUUGGCACAAAGAAGUUUCCAAGAUUAAAUUCUAAAUGCGAAUAUUUGGACGAAUGUUUGGCGGAUUAUUGCAGACCAUUUUUCCAUCAACGGCACCAAUGGAUUGGAAGAGGCUACAUGAACUCACAGGGAAGAUACUACCUACAAGGCAAUCGUGAGGGCAUCGGAAGUGAGGCAGAGACUACAAAGAGAGAAGAAAUUUUGUUGGAACUUGAUCAGUAAUUAAGCUGCCUGAGAUGUCUAGGAUUUUGACGGACAUGAACAGCUCACAAAUGCGGAUUCAAUAUCAGAAAAUAUAAAAAUAAAGCAAGAACAACUAAAAACAGAAAUUUAUACAGGAGUUUUGCUACAUCCUUCAUGCAAAGAAGGACAACACAUAUAUUGGUUUUUGUAUAAAUAUUAUGUUCUCACAUGCAUGACUUUUGAAUAACAUUGUUAGGUAUGAACUCUUAUUAAUGCCAUCUUCUUUCUACUUUUUAGCUUGUAUGGAUUCCCUGUCUCCUUUGUUGUGGUUCAUAGUGCAAAACAACUUAUUUGUUGAAUAGAAGUAUCCAUGUUAUAUUGUUGUGCU